UUGAAAGCAACGGCGCAGCGCCAUUGGUGCAUUGGAACCGGCCCAGCGCGGUUAAUUUGACUGCCUGCUGCUCGCCGGGCUGGGUUUUGCUUGCAAAGAAAGGUGGAAGAUCGGCUGAAGUUGGCUUAGGUUGUGCGGAUCUAAUCCUAUCACACAGCAAUGGAUGACUAUACAAAAAUAGAGAAGAUUGGUGAAGGAACUUAUGGCGUUGUAUAUAAAGGCAAACACAAAGCUACGGGCCAGGUGGUCGCCAUGAAAAAGAUCCGAUUGGAGAGCGAAGAGGAAGGUGUUCCAAGCACUGCCAUUCGUGAGGUUUCCUUAUUGAAAGAGCUUCAUCAUCCCAAUAUUGUCUGCCUGCAGGAUGUGCUUAUGCAAGAUUCAAGGCUUUACCUGAUCUUUGAAUUUCUCUCUAUGGAUCUCAAGAAAUACUUGGACUCUAUCCCAUCCGGACAGUAUUUAGACCGUAUGCUUGUUAAGAGUUACUUAAACCAAAUCUUGCAAGGUAUCGUAUUCUGUCAUUCAAGAAGGAUUCUGCACAGAGACUUGAAACCUCAGAACUUGUUAAUAGAUGGCAAUGGAGUGAUCAAACUGGCUGACUUUGGGCUGGCGCGCGCUUUUGGUAUCCCCGUGCGGGUCUACACGCAUGAGGUAGUAACUUUGUGGUACCGAUCUCCAGAAGUGCUGCUAGGCUCCGCACGCUACGCAACACCUGUCGAUAUAUGGAGCAUAGGCACCAUUUUUGCUGAAAUGGCAACCAAGAAGCCUCUCUUCCAUGGGGACUCUGAAAUCGACCAGCUGUUCAGAAUUUUUAGAUCUUUGGGAACACCCAACAACGAUGUGUGGCCUGAAGUGGAGUCUUUGCAAGAUUACAAGAACACUUUCCCCAAGUGGAAGCCGAGCAACCUGGCAUCACAGGUCAAAAACCUGGAUGAAGACGGCCUGGACCUGCUUUCAAAAAUGUUAAUCUACGACCCUGCAAAGAGAGUUUCUGGUCGCACAGCCCUGAAUCACCCAUACUUUGACGACUUAGACAAAUCCAAACUUCCGACCAAUCGGAUCAAGAAAUGCUAAUUGCCCUAAAACCUCCCAGAUGAGUUGUGGGAGGGGCAGGAAUAGGAAAACGCGUGGUAUUUUCGCUAUCACACUUCCUCUUAACUUUUGUUUUAUAUGUGUCUGUCUUUGUCCUGUUCUGUCACCCUAGCAUUGUUUAAUAGAGUGCUCUGGUUUCAGUGUAAAUAUUAACAUAUUCACUAUCAAAUUAAGCUGUAAGCUGGUAAUGCUACCGAUAUUAUAUAAAUAAAUGGUUUAAAGAGA